ACAGAAUGAUGGCACAGCUGGCAACUUAAUUAACUUCAGUCAAAUCACAUACAGUGCUCUUGAAUGGAGGUGAAGCUGCCUUCUGAAUAAUUUUUCAGAUUCAGAAAUUAAGCAAGAAUAUCCUUAAGAUGUUUCUUCGUGCAUCUAAGAAGGCAUUCUUCAUUCCAAAAGGAAGCAAUGACUUCAGUAAGCUGGUGAGAUGCAUGCAAAAUGGUCCACCAAAGCAAAAGGAAAACCAGAAAGCAGAAGAACCAAAUGUUCCCUCAGCUGCUGAUGUCGUCAUAAUAGGUGGAGGCUCUGCUGGAUGCAACCUACUUUAUCAGCUAGCAAAACGGGGAGUUGACACAGUGCUACUAGAACGCUCCAAAGUCACCUCUGGAACAACAUGGCAUUCAGCUGGUCUUGUUUGGAGCUUGCGUCCUAAUGAUGUUGAAAUUCAACUCUUGGCAGCAACUCGAAAUUUGCUUGCAAAACUGGAAAUAGAGACUGGAUUUAAUCCUGGCUGGAUAAAUAAUGGUGGACUUUACAUAGCUCACAACAAGGAAAGACUGGAGGAAUAUAGACGUUUAGCUACAGUAGGCCACAGCUUUGGCAUUGAGUCCAGUAUACUGUCUGCAGAAGAAACAAAAAAGAUUUUUCCUCUGAUAAAUGAGAAGGUAGUACAUGGAAGUCUAUACUCUCCUGGUGAUGGGACUGUUGACCCGUCUAUGCUUUGUACAGCCCUUACGCGAACUGCUGUACAAGCAGGUGCUAAGCUUAUAGAAAAUUGUCCUGUAACUAAAAUAUUGAGAGGGAAAAAUAACUUUGGAUCUAAAAAAGUUUCUGGAGUCAUCACACCAUAUGGGACAAUCAGAACUGACUGUGUGGUGAAUUGCAGUGGUGUUUGGUCACGAGAAAUUGCAUCUCUUGUUAAUCUACCAAUUCCACUGCUGCCAAUGAAACAUGCUUAUGUAGUAUCAGAGGGAAUAGAUGGUGUGAAGGGACUACCAAAUGUUCGAGAUCAUGAUGGUUCUAUAUACUUUCGCAUACAAGGAAGUUCUCUCUGUAUGGGUGGUUAUGAAUCAAACCCAGUCAUGUUGGACAAGGUGAAAGAAGAUUUUGAAUUUUCUUUAUAUGAGUUGGACUGGACAGUAUUCAGCUCUCAUGUAAGGGAAGCUGUUAACCUUGUACCUGUGUUUGAAACAGCUGGUAUUAAGAGUACCGUAUGUGGCCCAGAAAGCUUUACUCCUGAUCAUAAGCCAUUACUAGGUGAGGAUCCAAGGUUGCUGGGAUUUUACCAUAACUGUGGCUACAACUCAGCUGGAAUGAUGUUUGGAGGUGGUUGUGGAGAACAAAUGGCUCAGUGGAUUAUUAAUGGACGACCAGAGCUGCAUAUGUUCAGCUAUGACAUAAGACGCUUUCGAUCUGACCAGACUAAAGAUCAAGAAUGGAUAAGGGAAAGAAGUCAUGAGAGCUAUGUAAUGAAUUACAGUAUUGUAUUUCCAAAUGAUCAGCCUUUAGGUGGUAGGAACUUCCGAAAAGGCCCAUUGCAUGAUGAAUUGCUUAAUGCAGGUGUUGUUUAUGAGGAGAAACAAGGAUGGGAGAGACCGGGGUACUUUUUGCAGAGUGGUGUAGCUCCUGUUCAGAAGUAUGAUUGGUUUGGCUCCUAUGGAUCAUCUAGAAAUCCAGAGACUCCUUAUGAAAGUCUGUUGCAAGGGGAUAGAACAUUUGGAUUCUCAAAGCACCAUCAUGCAAUUGGAGAGGAGUGCCUUGCAUGUAGGGAAGAUGUAGCUCUAUUUGACAUGUCAUACCUGGGUAAGCUUUAUCUGAGUGGUCCUGAUGCCCAGCUGGCUGCUGAUUGGUUAUUUUCUGCUGAUACCAGAAAGGAAGUAGGCCAGUCAGUGUUCACCUGUCUCCUUAAUCCUCACGGUGGAGUGGAGGCUGAUGUCACUGUUAGUGCCAUUGAAACAGGAACUGGAGGUCAAGCAGACCCUAUUUUGAAGGGUAGAGGGUUCUACAUUAUUAGUGGAGGAGUCUCAGCAUACCAUACAUGGGCUCACAUGAAUUCAAUUAUCAGCCUGAAGAAUUUCAAGGUAGCUCUCACUGAUCAUACAGACAAAAUGGGAGUACUUUCUGUACAAGGACCAAACAGUCGAGAACUGUUGCAGUGUAUUACCAAUACUGACCUAUCAGACUCUGCAUUUCCUUACUCAACAACACAGCUGAUUCAGCUGGCAGGACAUCUUUGUCGAGCAUUCAGGAUUAGCUAUGUAGGUGAACUAGGCUGGGAAAUUCACAUACCAUGGGAAUCUUGUUUACCAAUUUAUAAAGCUAUUACAGAACAAGGAAAGAAGUAUGGUCUGCGACUGGCUGGAUUUAGGGCACUCAACUCCCUUGGCUGUGAAACUGGUUACCAUUUAUGGAAUUAUGACUUAAGGUCUGAUGACCUGCCUAUUGAAUGUGGAUUAGAUGAGACAUGCAGAGAUGAAGGAGAAUAUGUUGGUAAGGCUGCCCUUGAAGUGGAGAAGCGAAAAGGUUUAAGAAGACGAUUAACAUUUUUUCAACUGCAAGAGCAAAUUCCUGUGUGGGGACUUGAAACAGUAUGGAGAGACGGCCAAGUAGUGGGUUACCUUAGGAGAGGAGACUAUGGAUAUGCUCUAGGAGCAAGUAUUGGACAAGGGUAUGUGAGGCAUCCAGAUGGUCGCAAAAUUACUACAGAUUUUCUUCUAAAUGGUUUAUAUCAGAUUGAAAUAAUGGGGAAUCGAUACGAUGCUGUUCCAUACAUAAAAAGCCCAUUUGACCCAGAGGGGAAAAGACUUCAAGGAAUUUAUGAUGAGCCAUUACCAAUAAGGCAAUAGCUUUAAGAAUAUUUAUGUACAAAUAAACUGAGAGGAACGAAAAGCACAGUCUCAAAAUGUAUUAUGUAAAGUAAAAUAUAUGGUUGCCUUGGUUAGUUAAAAUUAGAAGCACUUUGUGGCAAAAUGUACUGUACAGUACAAUUAUAUGUUUUUGGAACUUUCCAGUUGUCAACAUAGCAUGUGAAGUAAAAGAAAAAGAAUGUUCUUGGUGCCAGAACAGGAACUGACAUAUUUUUCAUCAAGUUUUUGGUAACUGUACAGGAAAAGUUCAGUGUCUGUCAAUGGUUUAUUGUGCAUUUGCCUUUACCACUCUUUCAGUUAAUAGCAAUAUCGGGCUUCAUAUCAUCUUAUGUUAGUAACAAAGUGGAUAUAAAUGUCAACAAUAUAGUUCAAAUCCACAUAAAUUAAAAUGAAAUGGACUACAGGUAAUAAUAUUUAUGUAAAUACAGUACCAAAAAUAUUAUAACCAAUUAUAAAUAGCAAUUAGUGAAACUUAUGAAGGAUGUGGAAAUAAUGACUCAGAAGACUGCAUUAUGGAAGGUAUUGGCAAAUGAAAAUGAGGGUGAUUAAAAGCAUUUCACUACUCAGAGACUGUAUUGCCAGAGAAGAAAAUCAAAACAGAUAGUCAGUGGGGCAUCUUGAUAAAUAAAUGUAAGUCAAACAAUAAUAGAUAUGAAGAAAAACACAAGCAAUGAUCAAUUAAACAGUGGACCAGCAUUUAAGCUUGUAUGUAUUACCGGUGCAGAUUUAUAUUUUUUUUUUUGGUGGGGGGGGGGGGGGGGGGAGGGGUCCUGUUGUAGAAGAAAGCAGGUAGUGGCAUAAAGAACAACGCAAAUUAAAGGAAAUAUACGUAAAUGGAUUUCCAUAAAUCCCAGUAUUGUGAUAGUACAGAAUCCAGCAAUCAAAUGAUCUGUCAACCAGUAAUUUUAUUGUUAUAGUAUUCCAUAAUGUCAACCUCAAACAGGAAUUAUUCUUAAUCAAAUACUUGCUUUGAAACACUUGUAUGAGAUUCCAUAUAGCACUGCACACACUUACCAGAUAUGUAGUAUAUAUCCAUACGUUGGCUUCCUAGAAGCCAUGUCAUAUGUCACUUUACGCUAUCAGCCAUUUCCUCCACAUUGUUUAGAUCCAAGUAGGCCCUACUGUUUAGCUGAUGAUUAGUAUGUACAUUUUUACAACAAUGAAUAACUAAAUCAAGACACAUUGAUUUGGGGCAUAUUAUUCUGAUGCAACAAUCCUAGCCUAUACACAGUGGAGAUCCAUGCAUAACGUCAUUUGAUAACAUGAAGACAUAUCUGCUGCUGAUGCUCAUCUAAUUUCUCUGCUAUUCCAGCUCAUAUUUUCUUAUGAUAACUACUUUCGUAUUGGUUCUGUGGCAUACUACUUACACUGUAUUAAUGAUGCUCUUUAGUUUUAAUUCUAUUCUCAUGCAAUGCACCAUUCAUAUAUAUUUUCUUACCAUACUUCACAUAUUUCUGUUUUGACGCAGAAUGCCUGAAGACUUUUCUAGUUUUAAAAUUCUUCUCAAUACUGGUUUCCUGAUUCCUACACACUUCCUUAAAAUGACAUUUAAGUUAUCAGAUCACUAUAUUCCAUACUACAGUUGACAUGUAAUUCUUAACAGGGACAUCAUACUUUCAUUUCAUAGGUGCAGUGCUUUAUUUAUUUUUGACAUAUUGAGCAACAUUAAUUCUGUACAUAGAAGUCUAGGGUUGCUGUAGACCUGGAAACCAGGAAAUAGAAUAACAUGUGUUUGGUGUAAGAGUUUAUUUUGGGCAGAGUAAUUCAUACCCUUUUGAAUACAAUGAUUUCAAUGUCAGUAUGAUGCUUUAAAAUUGAGAACAGCAGUAUUAAUUUUAUAUUUGUAUAAUACUAGUGCCACGUGACAUACUUCACAUUGAGAACAUUGAAAUGUUAAGUUUUCUAUUUUUAAUUUUUACUAUUUUCAAUCCUGCCAUUACUCGUUACAUAUAUCUGUGAGGCUCUCAAAACUAUCAAAAUGCAGUAAUACCAUUUGGUAAGACACCAUGUUCUAUCCUCAGAUGUAAUUUAUUUCUCUGGCAGCAAGAACUUCUGUGAUUAAAUGGGAAAUACAGUAUUUCUGUGACUAAUAAAGUUAUGUUUUUAUAAA